GUUUUUGUUGUCGUUGGGCUGCCUGUGCGUUUUUAACCAAUCGCUGAACAACACCUCAUACUUGCUAAUGAGCUGUUUACGAUCCAAUCAAAUACAUCGUUAGAUAGUGCCUUCUUUCUUCCUCAAUGCGAGGCUGUGACGUAGCACAGGGGGCUUCGCCAUUACGUCAUGUGACAAAAAUAUGCAAGCGUAAGGGGACGCUGCUUUGAAAAUUUGCGAUGUGUAAUGGUUCUAUUUUAGUACUUUUGGAGGUAAAAUUCGAACUGUUUUGGAAAUCAAACUAUCAUUAAAGAUUCUUGAGUUGAUUUUUGUUAUUUAAAAAGAAUCCUCAAAAAUCAAAUUUAAAAGGAAGAGGUAUUUUGGGCUUGUUUAUGGCAGCGGUAACAGUAGCUUUGGUGGAUUCUUCUGAGAUGACGGACGACAAACCGUUCGAAUGCACUACUCCGGGAUGUGGCCAGCGAUUUGCCAACAACGACCAUCUCGAGAGCCAUAAACAGAAACACCAACUUUCCCUGAAGCUUGGAAACCUAAAGCCGGCAGACCUUGCUCAUUUGGCUGAUCAAACACCAACCCCAACUCGCUUUUUGAAAAACCUCGAAGAAGAAGGGCUUUUUGAGGAUUUGGAGAAUCCCUUCGACCAGGAGUUCAAGAAAGCAGCGGCACCUUCUGACUCUCAUGAUAGUAAAAAGGAUGUAGCUGUAUUGCCAAAGACAGAGCAAGAAGAAACUGUGCGUGCCACAUCAGCAUUUGUCUGUCAAGCAUCAUUGUCAAAUGGUGGUAACAAGAAAGUGGUAGUUAUCCAGCAUUCAAGUCAACAAGCGAUUGCCCCAACAGUAUUACAAACAAUAGCAACAUCAUCUAUACCCUCUGUUGUAAAUUCAGAAACUGCUAAAGUUGUCACAGAGUCUGUUACUGAGGCUCCUAGGGCAUCAGCUGUCUCAGUUCUUGUACGUGUGCCUCCUUACAUGCCGGCAAUCAUUCCAGCUGCCAUUGCAAACCCCAACAUACCAGUUCCAUCAGCUCUACCUGUGCCUAGAGCCCUAACCAGAACAACUGCUCAGAAUACAAUGCCUAUUUCUAUUCCGACGCCGGCUAUUGUCAGCAGUCCAGUUUCUAGUAACGGAAAAUCUUUCCAUCUCAGUGCUAAAGAGCGGUUAAAGGAGACAUUGCGGCAGCAACAAAAUAACAACUCUAAUGGCAUGAAUAUCGUCAGCCAGGCUAUGACAGAAGCAGUGGAGAUGGUGACUUCUGAACACAAUGGCCUCACCACCAGCCCCACAAUGAUUAGUCAUAAUAAUCAGCAAAACGACUCCCGCAGAGGAAUAAAACGGCCACGUAGGUCGCAAGAGGAGUUAGAUCCAGAUGAAAGACGAAGAAAGUUCCUUGAAAGAAAUAGAGCGGCUGCUACCAGAUGCAGAGAGAAAAGAAAAAUUUGGGUGCAACAGCUAGAAAAGAAAGCUGACGAUUUAUCUAAUACUAACACACAACUACAGAACGAGAUCUCUUUACUGAGGACAGAGGUGGCUCAACUCAAAUCCCUGCUCUUGGCUCACAAAGAUUGCCCAGUCACUAUUGCACAGCAGAAGAUGGCUGCACAAAAGCAAAUGAACCAAGGCCAAGUGCAUGUGUCUGAGGCAAAUGGAAUUAACGCUGUAGCCAUUAGCAUGGCCGAGGGAUCCGCAGAAGAUGUGGCAACCAGUGCCCUCACGCAGCUAUCACACCGUGCGGCCCUGGAACUAGAAGGAUACUUAGUGGAAUAGAUAGGGUUUUUUUAUCCAAAUAGAGUAGUUUUAUUAGACAUAUUCAUAAUAUAACACAUACUGAGAGUACUAUGUUGGAUGUGUAUUCACAGAUUCUCCUUUUAACGAGUUAAACAUGUGUCACACCAGUUCGUCAACUGACUUUAAUAUGUUGAUAAUUUGAGGAAGAGCAAGCACAAUGUUUCACUGAGCUUCUCCCCAGUGCAGAUUGUGAUUGUAAUCUCACAUAUUAUAUACCCUUAAAAGAUAUACCUAUUAUGCGAGCUGGGGCGUUAAAAAUUGUGAGUGGGUGUUUUAUAUGUUCUUAAUAGUUGUUAUAAAAUAUGAAAACGGUGUGAAAAGGUAAAAAAAUUAUGUAUCGAGUAGAUGCAUCCAGUACACGACAUGACACCUUAACAUUAUGUUGGGUGAACAAUAUUGGAACUUGUCUCUUUACAAAAGGGUUUUCCCCAACCUCAGAGUAGUUAUUCUUUCACAACGACCCCAGUUCGCUGCCAUAUGUAUUUGUAUAUAUAUUUUAUAGUUGACCUUGGAAAUAGGGUCAGAUGGCGCAGUGUAAAUAAAAUCCAGUGUGUGAUCACUUGUUCUAGAGUGGUAGUAGGCUGGUUGAGCCAGUGUACGAGUGCUCGUUAUACCGCAGGUGACGGUUGAUUGACAGUACUAUGAACUUACCUGUAUCCCCUAGACUAGUGAUAAAAUCACGAUUAAUAAAACCUUCAGAAAUAAGAAACUGAAAA